AUGAUAGUCACGGUUUUUGUUAUGGGAAUUUUCGACUUGACACGUGUAAUGAAUAUAUUCUUCGUGUACACAGAUUUGAAAGUAUUAACUGCCACUAUCUAUCUUACUGUCACCGAUAUCACGGUUUUGAUCAAAACUUGUCUUUUUAUCAGCAAUGUUAAAACUUUAAAACGACUGACUGUGAUAAUAAAUUGCGAUUUGUUUCAACCCAAAACCGACCAUCAGAAACAACUUGUGCAAAGUGGCUUGACAGCUUGGAAAAUAAGUUAUGUGAGUUUUUGGUCACUGGUGUUUUGCUCUUUACUCAUGUGGACUGUUUCUCCAAUAAUACAAGCAACACCAGGGCGCAAACCGUUGCCCUUGCCGGCUUGGUACCCUUACAAUACCGAAAUAACGCCUUUGUAUGAAAUUACUUACGUGUGUCAGGUCAUCAGUAUGUGGUUUUUGGCCACUGCUAAUAUGAAUAUGGAUAGUUUGAUCGCCGCUUUGAUGAUGUACGUGGGCGCUCAGUGUGAUAUUUUGUGCGAUGAUUUAAAAAAACUGGACAAAUUGUCAAAAAUUCAAGAAGAACGAAAUAAGUUUAAUAGGGGGUUAGUAGACAGAAUAGAGCACCAUAAAGAAAUCUUGCAUUUUGCACAUGAUUGUAAUGCGUCAUACAAUUUCAUUAUUUUGGCUCAAUUUUUUACAAGUUCAUUAGCGAUAGCACUGAGUAUGUUUCAAUUAACGUUGGUUGCUCCCUUAAGUACGGAAAGUAAUACAUUGUUGUUUUAUUUGGGGGCCACAACAUCGGAGAUUUUUUUGUAUUGUUGGUUUGGCAAUGAAGUUGACAUUAAGAGUAGUAAAAUCCCUUACUCAGCUUUCGAAUCGGACUGGACUGGAGCACCGAUAGAAGCAAAAAAGAAUCUUUUAAUUUUUAUUCUAAGAACUCAAAAACCAAUCAGAAUGUCAGCAAUCAAUCUGUUCUCUCUUUCGUUGGCAACUUUCACAACCAUUUUGAGAACAUCUUGGUCAUAUUUCGCAGUGCUACGACAAAUUUAUGCUAGCACUUCUUAA